AAUCAUGUCAAUGAACUCAAACUGUCAAAAUAAACAGUGAAGUUAGCAGCUGUCUGAUCCUUUGACAUACCAAAAUUAUCAUUGUGGGACUUUUAUUUAUAUAAAAAUCUACAUAUGUGUGCCGUCUGUGAAAGAGACUUUUCGAAUUCGAAGUUCGAACUUCUAAAGCUCACUCAGUCCGCGUCGCUAGUCUGUUUAGGCUGUCCAGCUUAUUCUGGCGUACGUAAUAUUUGUGCUUCCAAAAUGCUUCUUUUAAGCAUCCUUUAACAUAAAAAUGUUUACCUCAGUACUGAAAUUAACAGUUUGAUCUUUAUUGUGAACGUUUCUAUUUAGAUAGGGUGAAAGAUGUGUUUGUAUUAUGGUGUCUUAUUCGUUUUUCUGCUAACAACCGGUAUAUACGAAGGAGCGCAAGCGGAAGAGGCUCUCCAUCAUGGGCAUAAACUGCACAGCCACAAACCAAGUCGGAAGCAUCGAGCUGCUACAACUGAUGGCGCCCUUCGUUUCGAACCAGCUCCAUAUAAUAAGAAGUUGGAACUAAAUAGUCUUGGAAAGAUUCACUGCAAAGUUGCUGGGGGUGUGGCUCCUACUGUGCAGUGGUUUUUGAAUGAUGAAGAGCCUCUACCCGAGAGCAUCACAUCAUCCAACGGCACGCUUCUCAUCACCGAAGCAAAACGUGAGCACGCUGGUCAAUACACCUGUAAAGCCACUGAUGGUGAUAAAUCUAUCACCGCGAAGAUCACUGUGGAUGUUGUAGUUGCACCUCGAGUAUUAGAGCCCACAGCGGGCCAGCAAGUUCAUGUCAGGAUCGGUGAUGAUGUAUCGUUGAACUGCAAGGCCAUCGGUGACCCUCCACCCACCAUUCAUUGGGACAGGAACAGAACUAUUUUGACACCUCAGAACGAUGGUGUUGAUACAGAAGAUGGUGCCAACGCGUCAUUCGCAAGAAUUCUACUCCUAAACAACGGAACUCUUGAAAUUCACAAUGUAACUGAGCAAGACUCGUACAGAUAUGGAUGUACUGCAGGCAGUGCCGCGGGAUUAUCUAGAGCAGAACUGGAGCUGAUUGUACAUGCAGAAAACGACAUGCCCCCACAAGAAUCCAGCGGGGUCGCGGGUAAAGCUGUGCUCGUCUCCAUAUCUGUGGCUGGAGCUUAUAUGCUCCUUGUCCUGGCUCUCAUGGUGUACUGCAGACGACGAAGACUCAAACGCAGACAGAGAGCGGGAGAAAAAGAGGAAUUGGAGAUGGCGGAGGGUCGAGAGAAAUUAGUGGAAGAGGGAGAAGAGAAGAAAGUGCAGAACGGUGCUCCGUUGCACAAUGGCCGACUCUUGCAUGAGCGGGAUAGCGGUGCAGAUAAUUCCGAGGUGUCAGUCAUGUCUCGCGCCUCCAAAAAGUCUGGACAUUAUGAACAAUUUUCGAUACCAAAGUCUUUGAUCACGGAACAGAUAACUUUAGGUCGCGGCGAGUUUGGCGACGUUUAUCUUGCUAAACUGGAUCUGUUGCAAGUGAAGAAGCUAAGGAACAAAGACGAUCCCGACACAGAGCCAAAAGUUCGAGCUGUUAUGAUCAAAGCUCUCAAUACUAAAGAUGAGCAUCAGCUUGCGGAAUUCCGUCGCCAACUUGACCUGUUCAGUCGAGUUCGUCAUGAGAAUAUAUCUCGACUCUUCGGUCUGUGCAACGAGUCAGACCCACAUUACAUGGUGCUUGAACACACUGAUUGGGGUGACCUAAAAACCUUCCUGAUCGCGACCCGUACCGAUGAAGAAAACGAGGAGUACAUAGCUCGAGUGGGAUCGUCCCACGCGUUGCCAAAACCCCAGCACUCGGUCCCACCUCUGGAACAUUUGCACAAAGUGGUUUUGGCCCAACAGCUGGCUGCUGCCGUCAAUAAGAUGGCUAAUAAGCGGAUGACGCAUCGUGACAUCGCAGCUCGUAACUGCCUGAUAACAUCACAAUUGCAGCUCAAAUUGUCAUUCCCAGCUCUCACUCGAGGGCCCAAUUCCCACGAAUACUUUAAAUUACAUGACCAGGUGAUCCCACUUCGCUGGCUUCCCCAAGAGUCUGUCUUAGAAGGAGAUUAUUCUACAAAGUCUGAUGUGUAUAUGUUUGCUACAACUAUUUGGGAGAUUUAUACAAAAGCCGAGCAACCAUUUGCAAAACUGAACGACAACUCAGUGCUUGAAAGACUCAAGAAUGGUACUCUUGAAUGGAAUGUUCCGGAUUCGAUGCCCGAGAAAUUGGCGGCUUUAUUGAAACGUUGCUGGACAACUUCGCCAAAAGAUAGGCCGCAAUUCACCGAGGUGUGCGAAGAUAUAUCUGUUAUAAUACAAGAGAUUACGGCCGAAACUGUCUCCCAACACUCAAAAGACAAAAGUGAACUUAACGAAUAAUUUUGUUUCGUGAAAUCCUUUAUAAGUCUGAUGCUUUAGACUAAGCGAUACUUCCAUUGUAAUUCCAGUCUAUCCACUUAGUACGAACUUUUCGAUAACGUUUUCACGUUUAAGUCUCGUAUCGUAUCAACGAUAGUAGACAGGAAUAAUAUUUUUUUUAUUUCCAAUUUCCAACUAUUUGGUUAAGGUACGAUUCGAUACAAAUGUACUACAAGAUGGUCCAAACAGAUAUGGGACCAUACCAUUGGGAUUUCAAAACCCUUACUGAACUUAGUCUAGACAUUCAGACUUAGACAUUUAGAUAAUAUAUCACGUGACAUUUUGCAGGCGUACUUUUGACUUUGAUCUAUCUCGGUUAUUUUUUAAAUUAUUAUAGGCUUAUUUUGUAAUUUAUGAUUUUAAUAAUUUUAUAAAAAAAGUCAUUUUGAUGCAUUUACAUUUUAGUACUGAUUAUACACACAAUUUUAAAAACGUUCGUUGUUACACGUGUCACAACACGAGCAAAGUUUUUAUUUUUUUUCAAUGUUCUGAUUAAAAUUUGGAUAAGAAAUGCAUUUGUAUAAACUUUAAAACUUAUACAACGAGUAUUAUGUAGAUAUUAAGUUGUAAUUUUUGCAUUUAUUGUAGUUUAGAAUUGGUUAUAUUUAUUACUCCUUCACGACUUGCCAGAUUCAAAUAAUAAUUUUGUACACUUCUUUGUACAAUGUAUUAUCCAUUAGGAUUCUAUCCCAAAGGAUGGUUUUCCCUUAGUUAAAAAAAUUAUUCGAGUCAAAUACGAUUUGAAAACGUUGGAUUAACGUAAUCAUUACGAUAAUCUAACGAUAGUUC